UGUUCUCACGCGGAAACGAUUCUUGCCUUGUACUAAUAUCUGUGAAAAUGAAGAAGGUAUAUCUUGCUGCCAUAGCAGGAAACUUGGGGAUGCUGUCGUGCGGACAAUUUUCGGGUUGGACAUCGCCAUCCUUACCUAAACUGAUAGCAGGUGAUGCCGAGUAUUCCAUUCAUUUGACUAAUGAGGAGGCCUCUUGGGUGGCAUCCUUACUUAUGAUCGGUGCAGUUGGAGGUUCUAUUCUUUGUAGAUUUAUGGUGAAUGCCAUUGGCAGAAAAAAUACCAUGUUAUUUACGGCGGUACCUUCGAUAAUCAGCUGGUUGAUGAUAGCUUUCGCAACAUCACCGUGGGAGUUAUACGUAUCAAGAUUUAUAUCCGGACUGGGUAUAGGCAUUAGUUAUAUAGCCACGCCGAUAUAUUUGGGUGAAAUUUCACCAGCAGACAUUCGCGGUAAUUUGACAUCCAUGUUAACAGUGGCUGUGAAACUUGGCACUUUAAUGGAAUACGUGAUAGGCCCGUUUUUAUCGGUGCAAAAGCUCGCCCUCGUAUCUUUGAUGAGCUCGUGCUUGUUUGUAAUUGUAUUCAUCUGGCUACCAGAAACUCCGUAUCAUCUUUUGCGCCGCAACAACAGGCAAAAAGCUAUAAAUUCGCUUGUUCAAUUGAGAGGCAAAAAGGAUAUUUACGACGAAAUAGAAAAUAUCGAACGGUCCGUGAAAGCUGAUUUGGCUAAUGAAACUGGUUUUCGAGAACUUUUAUUAGUGCCGGGAAAUCGCAGGGCUGUAAUAAUAUUGGUGUGCUUAGGCGGUUUUCAGCAAAUGAGCGGUACUCAGGCCGCCAUACAGUAUGCUCAAAUAAUUCUGGAUCAAACGAAUACUAAUCUGGAAGGCAAAUACUUAACUAUGAUAUUGGGUGUCAUACAAGUAAUUUUUACAAUCAUCUGUAUGUUUCUUAUCGAUCACAGCGGCAGAAAGUCGCUGCUGAUAAUCUCCUGCCUUGGUGCAGCGUUCUCGACCGCUGCAGUCGCAACGUAUUUCAAUCUGCAAUACAAUCAUAUAGAUACCAGUAAUAUAAUUUGGUUGCCCGCUAUUGGUGUGAUUAUGUAUAUAAUCAUGUAUUGUUCGGGUUUGGCCCCGAUAUUCUUCACCAUAGCCAGCGAAUUAUUUCCCACAAAUGUUAAGGCUCUUGGCACUAUGACUGUUUUAAUAAUAACAUAUAUAUGGGCCUUUUCUGUAUUAAAAUUCUUUCUGAUCAUAGCCGAUAAUAACGGUGUACACGUGCCAUUCUGGAUAUUCACCGCGUGCAGUUUCAUCGGUGCUUUAUUCGUGUUUUUCUACGUACCUGAAACCAAAGGUAAAACUCUGGAACAGAUACAAAAAGAGUUGCAUGGCUCGUCAAUGUAUUGAGAAUCGAGAAUAAGAUAGUUACAUGUUGAUCUUUCUUUGACGAGUGAAUUUGUUUAGGAUUGAGGAAAAGUUACUUUCGAAGUUGAGCUCGCAAUUAUCUCUGCAAUUAUUUUGCAGAGAUCAAUUCAAAUGAUCUGUAUUGUAGCAGAUUCGACUUCUAUUGCUUUAGUUUUAGAAAAUUUAAAAAUAAGUGUAAAUAUUUUUCACAAAAGUAAUGACUAUAAUUAAUAUAUAAAAUUAGUAGACAUUCUUAUUAUAAUGUUUAUGUUAAAGAAUAUUAAAAGAAAAAAUUGCUACUAAUAAUAUCCGUUAUUUGUUCAACGUUCUUGACUGUCAUAGCCGUACUUUAAUCUGAAUCAUAAUCACGUGGAUAUUAACAGUCUAAUAUGGGUGUUCAUCACCGGUGUGAUCAUGUAUAAAGUCAUAUAUAACAUGAGCUCUGGCAUCGUUACUGUUCGCUUUGGCAAACUAUUUCCUACAAAUACGAAGUCCUUUGGAAGUUAAAUUACUGUCAUUAUGUAAACUAUGUUUGAACAUUUUAGUGACAAAAUUAUAUCUGACCAUAGUCGAUAAUAUCGACAUACACAUGCCGUUCUUAAUAUUCAUUAUGAGCAGUCUUGUCGAUGCCUUAUUUACAUUUUCUAUGUACCUGAAAUAAAAGGCAAAAUUUUAGAGUAAAUAAAAAAGAAAUUAUAUGAUUCAUGAAAGCCGUAAAAAAAAUUAUUUACACUUUGAUCUUAUAUCUCAAUAAAAAGUAUUCAAGAGUUAUUCACGUUCGAUCAAAAGAAGCAUUUUUUAAUACCGAAUACAUGCCUUUUUUCCUGUAAUAUAAUUUGUAGUAAAUUGAAAAUUAAUUGUAGUAUAUAAAUUGAAUGCCAACGGUACAUAAACAAAUUAUAACUAGUUUAUAUGUUAUAACAAGUUUGUAUAUUAGAUUGCGUUGUAUUAAUCAUGCUCAAAAACAGAAAGCAUAAAUAAAAUAUUUAAUGAUAAUUGGAAA